AACGCUCGUGUGAUGUCGCUCUGAGCACUUCCAUCUGAUGCUUGAAGCAACUGAUGUCGGAUAAGAUUACAAAAGGGUGUAAACCUGUGGUGCGGACAAAAUUGAAUAACUUCGAGACAAAAAUGAUUUGGUCAGUUAGAAUUCACAGGGCAUUGAGCAUUCAUUACGGGUGUAAACUUUGAAGCAACUAGUGGACAGUAUAUACUUGUGAUUUUUUUGGUUCCCUUUUGAAGUGUUUCAAAGAUCCGCCCGUCUUCAUCAUGUUCCAGUGGCGGUCCUCAUGGCUCCAGACUCUUGGCAGUCUGUUCGUCUUCAUACAGAUCAUCUAUUUAUCAUCAUCCCAACAACUUAACUGUAGAGUCCCAUCAGAUAUAGUGUUCGUUCUGGACGGCUCUGAGAGCCUCAAAGAUGAAGAUUUUAAAAGCAUGAAAAAGUUUGUGAACAAUCUUUUGUUGAGUUACCCCGUGGAGGAAAACUUUACAAGAAUCGGUGUCAUUGUUUUCGGGACAUACCCAGCAGACACCAUUAGACUUGGAUCCACCUACAACAAAUAUCUUUUGGCGGCAAGAAUCGAGAAUCUUGCGCAUCCGAAAUCCGGAACCGGAACUGCUCGAGCUUUAGAGGCUAUGCGGCAGAUGUUCCAAACAGAGAGUUCUCGUCCAUUCGUCCAUCGGGUGGGUGUGGUCAUUACGGACGGCCGUUCCGCUUCACCAGAGCAGACCAAGGCCCAGGCGGAGCUAGCCCGGGCGGAGGGCAUCACUCUAAUGGCGAUCGGAUUCGGAUCCAACAUAUUCCAAGCUGAAUUGGAGACAAUUGCCACGGCCUCCAAUGUCUUCAUGUCGAACUCUUUCAACGACUCCCUGCUGGAAGUGGACAACGCAUUACGUCCCUUGGUUUGUGAUGCGCCCCCCGUGAUUAUUUUAUCUGGCGGCUCCACCGUUCUUCUGGGCGGAAGUAUAGUCCUAACAGCCACCAUUAGCACCACCUCCGCCGUCACAUCCAUGAAAUGGCAGAAGUUGUCCGUUAACGGGGUCGCUACUGAUAUAGACAUUUCCUCGGCGUCCGGGAAAUACAGCGGAAGUACUGUGUCAACUCUAAACCCCAGGCUCGUUAUCAACAACGCUAACUAUAACGAUGGCGCCGUCUAUCGGCUUGUUGUUUCAAAUGCAGCAGGGGAGACAACUAGCAAUGGACUCAGUCUUAGCAUAGUUGAACUCCCAAGCAUUACGAUCAGCGGAAAUUCCAUCGUGGGAUUCGGAAGCAGGGUCAGCCUUUCCGCCAUUAUCUCCAGCACAAUCCAAAUUUCCUCUGUCAGAUGGCAGAAGGUGUACAGCAAUGGCGCCGCUUACGACAUCAACGUCGUCGGCACUUCCGGCAAAUACACCGGAAGUUCCAACUCUAUCACAAAUCCAGUGUUGGUGAUUAAUGGCGUCGAUUUCACGGAUGAGACUAAUUACCAGUUAGUAGUGACUACGCCUCUCGGAGAAGUGACUAGCAACCAGAUUAACCUCAUAGUGACAGGAGGGCCCACAAAUGCACCCACAACCCCUGGAUUGCCACUCACAACGGACAGAAUCAACUCAAUUCCUCCCGAGCUGUGCCCUAAUUGUAUCAUCGGCCGAAACUGGGGCUACAAAUCCGUUCCAGGAGAUUGUACCAAGUUUGUUCAAAUGUUGCCCGACGCCGACGGAAAUGCUCUUGAGUUCACACAUGUGUGCCCCUGGGGUCAGUUCUGGAAUUUGAAUCACCUGACCUGCCAGCCUUCCCACGAAGUCUACUGUGCAGAUAAUCCUUGUGCUGGAAAACUCGCCGGAACUUUAGCCAUGACCGGAUUCUGCAGCGCCUUCUGGGCAUGCCUGAACGGAACUGCUGUAGCUUCCUGUUGCCCCACAAACAGCAGAGCUUACGUCCAGGGGGUAGGCUGCACCACUGACCCCUCAUGUCUGUCGGAGUGUCCCCCGAAAGAUAAUAGGAUUGUGUCUCCCACCGUUUGCACCAACUUCGCCGAUUUGACUGACGAAAAGAAGUUUAUACAGAUGGCGCCCGCUGGCAAUGUCUCUAUGCACUGUCCAUUGGGAACGGCCUUCGUGGCGGCGGACUGUGGUUGUACAAAACUCAUUGAAAUUCUGCCAUCCUCAAACCUUGACGAAUGUAAACCGGAAGUCAUCAUGACCUUCGACGAUCCGGCCAGCCCGUACAAGGAUUCUUCCACCAACCACAUUACCGUCACGUACGAAUACGUCGACGUCGACCCGUCUCUAAAAAUGGCCAGAUUCAAUGGAUCCGGAAUGAUCAACCUGUACCGGUUCUCCAACGCCGAUUUCCAACAGAGCCUCGUUAUCAGGCUUGAGUUUCAGGAUCAGCCAGGUGGCGCUGAACAGCAGGCGUUGGUGACAAACUGUAUCUUCUCCUACCAAGAAGAGGCCACCAUUUCUAUGAUCGUCGAUAAAAAGAUCAGCGCUGUUAUUUUCGGCCUGGAAACCACAGACGCUAAGGCCGAGUUCAUUGUUCCCUACACGAAAGGUGCUGUGAAUAAGGUAAUCUUCGUAUUCAACGGAGAGCAAGCAGUGGCGGUCAUCAACAACGUCAAAGCAAAUGUAGGACUUACAGGAAAGAUCCUCCGUAGACAGAGUGGUAUUGUAAUUGGAGCAGGAAGUCAGCUCGGCCACUUCAACGGUUAUGUGGACAAUUUUGAGCUGUUUAUGUGUCUUCCAACCGAAGUUGAGCAAUAUCUUCAGAACUGACUAGCUCCUAUUAUAUAUUAGAUGCAGUAUAAGGAAAGUGUUCUAGAAGAUAACGUCACUGUGUUUGUGUUAGGAAUUACCUAUGACGUCAUUGUAUUGCCUCUUAAAUGGACGAGAAUCUGUAUUUGUAAAUCCAAAAAUGCAUACGUAUGUGACACUUCAAAGUGAGCAUAUUAAUGCAAGCUAUCAGUCUCAAUAUUUACUUUGGAUUUAUGUCUUUUGUACUUUGUUGUUUUAAUUGAUAGAUUGUAUCGAAAUAAGUAUGGUACUCUUAUGAAUAAUUU